AUGUCUUCCGACAGCAACGUUUUUGUCGACCUCACGUCCUCGCCCGGUUCAUCCCCUCGUUCUGCUGCGCGCGGCACUCCUGCCACUGUGUCGACCAUCGAGCUGGCCGAUCCUUCGUUGGACCUUGCCGGCGUGCGGGCCUCGCUGGGUGCGCUGCAGCAGUCCAUUGACCAAGUCGAGGCGCUGCGUGAACUUCGCUUGGAUCACGCGAACCUGCGCCGCGAGUUCCUGGCUGCGCGACGCCGUGCAGAGGAUCUGGAUCGUCAGCUUGCGGACGCGGCCAAUGCUGCAUCG